AUGGCCCCCAAAUCCAAAAUCGGCGCGGAGACCAGCACCGUAAAAGCUCAAGACAAUAUGCAUGCAGGGGCCGCAAAAUGGACUGGCGAGAAGUUUGAUGACAAGGGCAACGUGCUGCCAUUUCCAGGCAAUACCAUUAUCUCUCAUCUGCCACAGGACAGUGAGCUAUACAAGACACUUUUGCCAAUUCAUGAGAUACUCCAGAAGAGUAGAUUCACCAAAUUUUACACUCUCCUGCCGCCGCCAAGCUGGCACAUGACAGACUUUGAGGGCGUUUGUGAUCACCAACGCAAGCGUGAGACCUGGCCGCAGGAGCUGGCGCUCGAUGCACCACUGCAAAAGUGCCAUGAUCUCUUCCGCGACAAACUUUCUACAUUUGACCUCGGAAUACAGCCUCCCCUGAAGUUGUCUGUUACAGGACUGGUAAUGAGCAAGGCCGGCAUUCGACUCGACUUGGCCGCUGUGGACGCCGCUGAAGAGAAGCGUUUACGAGGACUCCGUGAUAGAUUGUCCGAGUUGCUGCAAAUUAGGGCUCCAGGCCAUGAGACGUACGUUUUCCAUCUCGCUCUCGCAUACAGGAUAGUUCCUGUCAGCAAGGAAGAUGGAGAGGCUCUCAUGGCGUUGCUGCAGAAGGGAUAUGAGACUAUUCCUCACGAGUUUGAGCUGGGUGCGCCCGAAUUCUGCCACUUUGAUGAUAUGUUUGCAUUCCAUCGGCAGUUUUAUCUUAAAGAGCAAAGUUAA